AUGGCUUCGGGGCCAUCUCAGGCGUACGGAGGUGAUCCCUUCCCUCCCGACCCCUCAGGAAAAAAAGCAUGGAGCAACGGGAACGCGAUUUCUAAUACGGUUGAUGGUAGCUUUGCCGGCCGGAGACAACCAGAGUGGAUGGAUCCAAUCAACGGCGAACUUUCGAUCCUAGUAAUGAAGCCUACCACAAACAGCACAUUGCCCGAUGACCCUUUCAUUAUUCGAAUGUCCAUUGAGGAUGCUGUAGGUGCAAUCGAAGAUGCCCGCCCUGAAGCAAGAGGUGCUCGCUAUGUCCUGAAGGUCCGACAGAAGCGCCAAAUAGAAAAGCUAUUGAAGCUACGUAAGCUCGUUGAUGAUACGGCUAUCACUAUUGAGUUCCAUGAAACACUCAAUAUCAGAAAAUGCACGGUGACCUGUCAUUCUGGUAAGCACCUUUCUGACAGUGUCCUGACAUCACGUCUAGGUUCGCAACGGGUUAUCGAUGUACGACGCUUUACCAGAAGAGAUCCGAAGGAUAAGAAGAAGUCUGUUCCAACAAAUACCAUGGUCUUGACGUUCCAGGGAACCACCGUCCCCGAGUACAUCUACUUCGGGUAUGAGAAAGUAGCCACUCGCCCCUACUACCCAUCGCCUUUACAAUGCUCCAAGUGCCACAGGUUCAGACACACACGAAAAUACUGUACGGAGGCUGCAUUGUGUGCGGAUUGCUCUUCGGAGCACGUCGAUGAAUCAACGCCUUGCUCAGCUGAUCCCCUCUGCAUCAAUUGCAGCGGGCCCCACAGCUCCAGGUCAAGGGAUUGUCCAGUCAAAAUCAGCGAGACGAAGAUUGUUAAGAUUAAGGUUGAUCAGGAUGUAACGUACGCGGAGGCUCGGAAGAUCCAUGAAUCUCGUAAAGAACAAGGACCAACAAUAAGCUCGACCGUCAACGAUCUGCAGAAGAAGUUGGAGGAAAAGGACCAGGAAAUCGCCAAAUUGAGAACUCUUUUGCAGAAUCUGAUCAGGGAAGUUGCAGAUCUCAAGAAGCAAAACCAACAACCAGCAUCAACAGCCAAGGAAACAGAAGAUGGUCAGAAAAUGGACACAACCGAGGAGCAGAAAAAUUCCAAGCGUCAACGAAGCAAGGAUAUCUCACCGAAUAACUCAAGCGACCAUGGUAGGAAUUCUCCGCCCAUGAAGAAAUCAUCAGGUAAAAAUCGAAACGCUCACUCACCGACCAUACCAACCAAGGAACGCUCUACGGACCCAACCUCGGAAGACAGUAUCCAUAGCGCAUCAUCGUUCUGCAUCUCUCCCACUCACAGUGGGAGUGAGUCUAAGUUCAAGGAGCUUAAUCUUUAG